AUGCACAUACUACAAUCAGUCACAGCCGGAGUCGCCUUGAUCGGCACAGCUCUUGCAGCACCUUCAGCUGCCGCAGCCAAGUACUGCGAUGCUGCAGGUGUCUGCUUUUCGGAGUCUGUCGCAGGGGGCGUGACCUUUCGAGCAGCUAUCCCCAACGUAUCGGCGGCACCUUUUGAUAUCAUCCUGCAAAUCGUAGCUCCAAAGGCUACAGGGUGGGCUGGGAUUGCAUGGGGUGGCGCCAUGGCAAAUAACCCUUUGACCCUUGGAUGGGCAAAUGGUAACAGUACAGUUGUCUCUUCUCGCUGGGCGACUGGCCACGUGCUUCCCGGAGCGUACGCGGGAGCUACUUACACGACCUUGUCGGGCUCAUCCGUAAAUGCCACGCACUGGACAUUGACAACGCUCUGCACCGGAUGCAGCCAGUGGACAGCCUCCGGAGCAGCAAAGAAACUUGAUCCUUCAGCGGCAGCCACAGUUGCAUACGGCCUUGCAACGACGCCACCCACUGAACCUUCGAACAACGCUUCCAGAAUAGCUGUGCACACAGGCAAGGGGAAAUUCACGCUUGACCUGGCAGCUGCAAAGACCGAAAAGUUCGAUUCCUAUGUUCAGACUUUGAAAGGAAAAGCAUAA